AAAGCGACGAUUUUUCUCCCUCACACUCUAAUUACAUUCCAUCUUCUCCAACUGCACUGUGCAAUACGAAAUGCUUCUCGAUUCUACCAUUCACAAGGUAUAUUCCGUUCUUGCUACUGCGGAAUUCAGAUUGCCUCUUUUUUUUAGCUUACGUAACUAUGUUGUUACAUUGAAGGCAUGCCCCUAUUUAUUUUCCUCAAAUUUUUAUGGGAAAUGGAGGAAAAUUCAACGGAAAAAUUGGAUAUUUAGUCAUGGGGUUUUAUUUUUCUUUUCGGAAUUUUAUUUGUUUUCCUAUUUUUUAUUUUUAUUAAUGCUUGCAUCUGUUGAGCAAUUUAGGGAAUUGUUAGCUGGAGUAGAUAGAGUUUAGUUUGUUAGUACUAUCAUUUUUAUUUAAUUUCGAUGAUAGAGAAAUGUCAUCUUGAUGCGUAUUAUCAACUCCUUUUGUUUUGCUUUUGUUUUCUAGUGAUUUGUGGUGAAGCUUAGGUUUCUGGGCUGAUUUUGUGGAAUCUGGUGAAGUUUUUGGAAUUCUUGGGGUUUGGAUUGAGUGGAGUGGUGAAUUGGAUUGGAUUAGUUGGUUGAAGUUUGGUGCAAGAUAAAGUGAGUUGAGAUGAGUGUGGUGGGGUUUGACAUUGGUAAUGAGAACUGUGUCAUUGCUGUUGUUAGGCAACGUGGGAUUGAUGUUUUGUUGAAUUAUGAAUCCAAACGUGAAACCCCUGCAGUGGUCUGCUUUGGCGAGAAGCAGCGGUAUUUGGGAUCUGCUGGUGCUGCUUCUGCUAUGAUGCACCUCAAGUCUACUAUAUCUCAAAUAAAGAGACUGAUAGGAAGGAGAUUUGUGGAUCCUGAUGUGGAAAAAGAGCUGAAAAUGCUCCCUGUUGAAACUUCUGAGGGAUCAGAUGGUGGCAUUUUGAUUCAUUUGAAAUACUUGGGGGAGAUUCAUGUGUUUACACCUGUUCAAAUAAUGUCUAUGCUCUUUGCUCACUUGAAGACUCUGACCGAGAAAAAUUUGGAGACACCUGUUUCGACUUGUGUUAUUGGGAUCCCAUCAUACUUCACUGACUUGCAGAGACGGGCAUAUCUUGAUGCUGCAAAAAUUGCUGGAUUGAAUCCGUUGAGGUUGAUCCAUGAUUGUACUGCAACUGCCCUUAGUUAUGGAAUUUAUAAAACAGAUUUUCGUGCUGCAGGUCCAGUUUAUGUUGCAUUCAUUGACAUUGGUCAUUGUGAUACUCAGGUUUCUAUUGCGUCGUUUGAGUUUGGUCAAAUGACGAUACUUUCACAUGCUUUUGACAGUAGCUUGGGGGGAAGAGACUUUGAUGAGGUUCUAUUUAGCCAUUUUGCAGCAAAAUUCAAGGAAGAGUACUGCAUUGAUGUGUAUUCUAAUGCCAAGGCAUGUAUCAGGCUACGUGCAGCAUGUGAAAAAUUGAAGAAAGUGUUGAGUGCAAAUCUAGAGGCACCUCUAAAUAUUGAGUGCUUGAUGGAUGAGAAAGACGUUAAGGGCUUUAUUACAAGGGAAGAAUUUGAGAAGCUGGCAUCAGGAUUAUUGCAGAGAAUUUCUAUUCCUUGCAGCAGAGCAUUAACUGAUGCAGAGUUGACAGCAGAGAAGAUUUCUUCUGUAGAGCUAGUUGGUUCAGGUUCAAGGAUUCCAGCUAUAAGCACAUUGCUAACUUCUCUAUUCAAGAAAGAACCCAGCCGACAACUGAAUGCAAGUGAGUGUGUAGCACGAGGUUGUGGUUUACAGUGUGCUAUGCUUGGUCCUGUUUACCGUGUGAGAGAAUAUGAGGUUCAGGAUGCAAUUCCUUUUUCAAUUGGACUUUCAUCAGAUGAAGGUCCAAUUUUUGCAGGAUCAAACAGUGUACUUUUCCCAAGAGGCCAACCCUUUCCAAGUGUUAAAGUCAUAACAUUUCAGCGAAAUAAUUUGUUCCAUUUGAAAGCUUUCUAUGCUAAUCCAAAUGAACUACCACCUGGGACAUCUCCUAAAAUUAGUUGCUUCACGAUUGGUCCUUUCCAUGGAUCCAAUGGUAGUAAAACCAGAGUUAAAGUUAAAGUUGUACUAAAUCUGGAUGGCAUUGUCAGUAUUGAAUCAGCUACAUUGAUCAAAGAUCACAUGAAUGAUUCAGUUAUGGUGGGCGAUCAUCAUUCAAAUUUUGAUGCAAUGGAUGUUGAUCCCAUUUCUGAGACAGUUGCCAAUGGCUUUGAAGAUAAUACCAAUAAGAAGUUGGAAUCUCCACGUAGUUCUGCUGAUAGUACAAGAAAAGAUAAAGUUAACAGAAGGAUUCAUGUGCCAGUAAAUGAGAGUAUCUCUGGUGGACUAACAAAGGCGGAGAUCUCAGAAGCUCUAGAUAAAGAACUUCAGUUGGCCCAACAAGACAGAAUUGUAGAGCGAACCAAAGAGAAGAAGAAUACCUUGGAGUCCUACGUCUAUGAUAUGAGGAAUAAGCUCUUCAACACAUACCGGAGUUUUGCAAGCGAGCAAGAGAGGGAUGACAUAUCUCAAAGCCUUCAAGAGACUGAGGAGUGGCUUUAUGAGGAUGGUGUUGAUGAAACUGAACAUGCUUAUUCUUCAAAACUGGAGGAUCUUAGAAAGCUGGUGGAUCCAAUUGAGAAUCGGUAUAAAGAUGAAAAAGAAAGAGUGCAGGCUAUAAGUGAUUUAUCAACUUGCAUUUCACAGCAUCGUGCAUCCGCAGAUUCCCUUCCACCCCAGGGUAAAGAACUGAUCAUCAAUGAGUGCAAUAAAGUAGAGCAGUGGCUGCGAGAGAAGAUCCAGCAACAAGAAUCUUUUCCUAAGAAUACUGACCCAAUAUUAUGGUCAAGUGAUAUUAAGAGCAAGAUACAGGAGUUAAACUUGAUAUGCCAACAGAUAUUGGGAUCCAAGGCUUCUUCAACUCCAGAAGACAGGGAGAAUUUUGGUCCUAGCAGAGAGUGAUCUUUUAUCCCGAAUAUUAUGUUAUAUAGUAACGUUUAACAUUAAAAUUGGUUUUUGUAUAGCUAAAGCUAUCACAUCAGCAAGCAUUUGACUAAUCUCUAUUGCUGCAAGUUGUAGCCAUGACUUGACUAAUCGUUUUAAACAAAUGAAUGUAUUUUUGACAUUAUAUAGUAACAAAGUCAAACAAAUGAAUGCUUUAUUAACUGUUUGAAUACACUCCCAACAUUACAAUUAAGGGAUAGAGGGUAAUGCAAAAUAUUUAUGUUGCAGAACCCAAUGCAACAAAUGGU